UCCGCCUCACUGCGACACGUCGCGGCGCAGCGCCGACCUCCACGCCGAACUGGAGGAUCAACUGGCUCGUGUGCUGGAGAAAAACACUGAGUUAACAAUCCAGAACACUGAUUUGCAGAAGCAAGUGCAGCACUUGCAGAAUGUGAAUGCCAGCGAUGGUCGCAGCCUCCCAGGUCUGGCCUCGGCCAGCAAGCCUGGGGACACUCUGGAGUCUAUUCUUAAGCAAAUGCGAGAGGCAGCUGACAAACGCAAGGAACUCGAAAGAGAACAUGCUGAGGCCCUCACACAGCUCCGAGAAAAACAGAAUGAAGCACAGAGGCUCACGAAACAGAGGGAUGCAUCUUCUAGAGAAAAAAGCAAGUCAUAUGAGACUAUUGAAGCUCUGCAGUCAAAAAUCCGUGAACUGGAAAAGAAAACGGAGCUUCAGAAUGUCCGCCAUGAAGAGCUUCUCCUUGAAAUGGCAAGCAUCAAACGAUCAGCACAAAGUGCUAACACAGCACUGGCAGCAGCAGCUGCUGCUGCUGCUGUCAACCACAACUCUCCUGAGUCAGGGCAUUCAACACCAGACUCUGCAAGGGUUGAUGGCGGUGGGAGUGCAGGUCCAAAUCGCCCAGCAGUCAUGACAUCAUCUGCACUUGACAACCUUGGUGACAUGCACCAAACCACCUCACGAGUAUUGCCACAUGGGCGCCCAUCUAGUCAACCUGGUUGUGGAGUAGCAGGCUUCCCUAGCGGCAUUCAGCAGGCGAACAGCCUCCCUUCCUCCUACCCUCCAUCAGGCUUCACUGCUACUGCUGGGGGGUACCGCUACGCCGUCCCGCCCGGUGAGCACGGAAAUCCAGCUCCAGUGCCAGCAGGCUUUGUAGAUAGCUGCAGCUCUACUGGCUACCGCAUGCAGUCGCAGAUGUUGCCCCCUACUGCUGGCUCAGGCCAGCUAUGGAAGGCUCCUUCGAUGUCGGAUCUGGCGGCGUUCAGUAGAAGUGGUGCUAAUUGUCGUGGUCCCCUUCCUCCCUCAUCCCUGCCUCUCCCUCUGACGGCUGCAGCCGACGCUCCAGGAUCGGGCACACACGCACAAGCUGGGUCCGGCCCAUCUUUGGGCCAUCACACAUCACACCCCUCGCCUCAGCAGCAACAACCUGGGACAGCCACCUCCUCAGAAAUUGACCGCAUCAUGGCCAAGAUUGAACAGGAUAAUCGGAUUCUUGCUGAACUAGACAAGACACGAUCCACCAUAGGCCUGUCGAGCAAUUCAAGUAGCACAACAGCUGGAGGAAGUGUGUGUGCAGCAGGGAAUGUCACCAGUGGCACUACAGUACCCCUAGCCACACAGGCUGGGCAUGGUGAACAGAAUACACUUGCAUACGUCGGGGUGCCCAGUGCACAACCCUAUCAGGCACUGCCGGCUCCUCUGGGUACCCAGCCGCAAUAUGUAAUGCCUGUGCUAGCACCAGCUGCUCAACCAGGACCCCAGCAGCAGACCUAUGUGCCAACACACACAGCACGGCUUAUGCCGCAGAUACCGACAGCGGCAGCUGCUGCUACGGCAGGUGCAGCUGCUGGUAUACCUGGAAUACUAACAACACCGUAUGAUCUAGACAAUUGUCAGAUUAAGUUACAAGAAUUUUGA